UUAAAUUAUCAAUCAAGUUAUGAAUUUUCCCACUUCAUUACUUUGUUCUGAGUUCGCAAGCAAGGAAUACUAGUUGUUCAGUACCUUUUAAAAAUCCUUGGCUACUUUGCCAAGUAAAGUCUUAUCUGACUUUUGGGAAUUACUGCCUUCCUUAUCUCAAUUCAAAUUUCUAGUACCUCAUACCAAGCUGUUUCCUAGACUUGUCAUUCUUUGUAGUUACCAGAAACCUGUAUGUAGAAAUUUCAGCAUUUCAUGCAGUCUUAAUUGUUACGUACGAAGAAUUUGUUCAAGACGAAGAUGGAUUCUAGAAACCUGAAACAAGAAACAACAACAAUAGUGGGAGAUCAUGGAAGAAUAGCUGAGAUGGGAAAUUCAAGUGAUGCCUUGGUUUCACUUAUCAGUGAAAAGAUGGAAUCAGUUUCUCCCUCACUUUGUAUCUACGUAGUCCCUGAAAUUCUACGGAAGGGUAACGAGAACUCAUUCGAGCCUGUUCUAGUCUCAAUUGGUCCAUUUCACCACGACAAACAAGGGCUUGAAGCAAUGGAAAAACAUAAAUGGCGAUACUUACGUGCUCUUCUCACCCGAAAACCAAACCUGGAGUCAGUCCUUGACGAUUGUGUCAAAGCAAUGAAGCAGUUGGAACAAAGAGCCCGGAAGUGCUACCAAGAACCAACCAAUAUGAGUAGUAAUGAAUUCGUCGAGAUGAUGAUUGUUGAUGGUUGCUUCACUAUUGAACUCUUUCUUACUUACAGUAGAAAGGAAUUAAGGCAAAGAAGGGAACCCAUAUUUGCCAAUAGCUGGAUGCUUUUCAGUGUAAGAAUUAUAAUCCCGGGAGACGAUGAUGACAUUCUUCAUGAGAAGUUUUCCAGAGAAGGAAACCAUUUACUUGAUUUAGUUGGCAACACUUACCUCCCCUCAUAUCCAAAAGUGUUACCAAAACAAAACAGUGAAAUGUAUAGAAAUGUAAAUCCUGCAGAGAAGCUUAUGCAUUCAGGAAUCAAGUUCAAGAGAGCGACGGAUGGCAUUAGCUUGUUAAACAUAAAAUUCGUGAACGGAGUUCUGAAAAUCCCGCCUCUGAGGAUUCAUAACUACACAAAUAAUCUCUUACGCAACCUCGUCGCCUUGGAACUUUGUUCUAUGAACUCUACAAUGUAUGUUACAUCUUAUGUGUUCUUCAUGGAUGGUCUCAUUCAAUCUCCAAACGACGUACAAGUACUUCGACAGCACAGAAUUAUAACAAAUUGUUUAGGAAACGAUGAAAUGGUCCCGGAAUUCUUCAAGAAAUUAGUAUGCGAUCAAAAUAUCGUCGGCAAGGACAAUUUCUACGCUGGCCUUUGCGAACAAGUGAAUGCAUAUAAUAGAAGAACUACUAAUAAGUGGUUCAACCUCCUCUAGUUGGUGCUAGAACUCAAUUGACCUAGUAGUUUCCCUGUUUUUGUGUGAAUUUCCAGUGAUAAUAAUAAGGUCAUUGAGUGAUGUAAAUUACUGGUCCCUGCA